UCGAGCAGGCAACAACCAAGCCGAAAAAGAAAAAACAUUUCUAAAAUAUAUUUUCCAAAAAUACGUAAAACAAGCCAAAACAAAAAAUGGAAUACACCAGCAAGACCCAGAUCUACCAGAAGGUGAAGAAGCCUCUGCUGGAACGCCAGCGACGUGCCCGCAUGAACAAGUGUCUGGACAACCUGAAAACACUUGUCGCCGAACUGCGAGGAGACGACGGCAUCCUGCGCAUGGACAAGGCCGAGAUGCUCGAGUCGGCGGUGAUCUUUAUGCGCCAGCAAAAGGCCGCGAAGAAGGUGGUGGAACAGCCUUCCCUGCCCCUGGACAGCUUCAAGAACGGCUACAUGAAUGCCGUGAACGAGGUGUCACGUGUCAUGGCCUCCACACCUGGCAUGAGCGUCGACCUGGGCAAGUCGGUGAUGACUCACCUGGGACGCAUCUACAAGAACCUGCAGCAGUUCCACGAGGCCCAGACCGAUUCUCAGCAGCUCUCAAUGGACUGCUCUGCGAUGGAGAAGGCACCUCUGAGCCCCGCCUCCUCGGGAUAUCACAGCGACUGCGACAGCCCCGCCCCCUCGCCACAGCCCAUGGAACAACAGCCCCUGUGGCGCCCCUGGUAG